GUGUAUUUGAAUGGGAGAGAGCAGUGGGGAGCUAGGCAGGAAUUAUUAGAUAUUCAGAGCACAUUACUGCCUGGUGUUGUAGAGACUGAGAUUUUACACAGACAUCGAGGGUCAGUGGAUCGCUGACACUAUGGCAGAAACUUCAGAAAAAGUGCCCAUAGCCCUGGCAGGACCAGCUGACCUGGAGCAAUGCCUGCCGCCUGCUUACACCAUGGCCGUCAAACCCUCCAGCAGUAGCCGCCUGCUGAAGAUCGGCGCCGUGGUUCUCAUCACGGGCGCUGCUCUGCUCGUCCUUGGAGCUAUUGGAGCUUUUUACUUCUGGAAGAUCAAUGACAAAAAUAUAUACAAUAUGCAUUACAGCAUGAGCAUCAAUGGAAAAGUAAAGGAUGGAUCUCUGGAAAUUGACACUGAAAACAACCUUGAAACAUUCAGAACUGGAAGUGGCAGUGAAGAGGCAGUGGAAGUUCAUGAUUUUCAGACUGGGAUUACAGGAAUUCACUUUGCUGGAGGAGAGAAGUGUUACAUCAAAGCCCAAGCUAAAGCACACCUGCCGGAUAUCGAGAACCUGAAAACUGAAGCAAUUUCAUUUGAGCUGGAAGAUGAAAUCAUGCCUGCAAAGUUUGAAGAAGAAUCUCUCAUCUGGGUUGCUGCAGAACAACCCAUCAAUGACCAUGCCUUCUUGAGCCCUAAGAUUUUAGAACUGUGUGGUGACCUCCCUAUAUUCUGGCUUCGUCCAACAUAUACAAAAGAAGGUCAAAGGAAGAAAAGAUCAGUGGCCGAUGAGAGACCUCAGAUACUUGAUCCUUACUAUAACAAUUUUGAGCUCGAUACCUAUGUGGUAGAUGAAUAUGAUCAGAUCGAGGGAGCACCUGCUGAGGUUGACAUCGUCACAACUGAUGUCCAAGCUCAGGAUGCAAGACCAGCACAGAGAGUAAAUGACACAAUUCCAGAAGAAGAAGGGGUUCCAUCUACUUUCAAUGCAGAAAACCCCUAUCAUAGAAUCUUAGAAGGUGAGAGUGGCGCCAUGACCUUUGACCCUUUGCUGGAUCACAAUGGAAUCUGUUGUGCUGAGUGCAGGCGCAGUUAUUCACAUUGCCAGCGUAUAUGUGAACCCCUGCGUGGCUACUACCCUUGGCCUUAUAAUUAUCGAGGGUGUCGUGUUGCUUGUAGAUUGAUCAUGCCUUGCUCCUGGUGGGUAGGACGCAUACUCGGUUUGGUGUAAGCCACUGAAGAAGUCCCUUUUUUGAAAUGGAGUUCCACCCAAUGGCAAAUAAUUAUUGGCUAUGAAUUUAAUAAAUGGUUAUUGUUGGAAAGAAUUUUCGGAAAGAGAUACAAUUUAAUGCCUUUGUAACACUAUCCAUUAAAGCACCUCAGUCCAUGACAACAUACUUUCUGCAGAUGUACUGUUACUGGAGUUUGGUUUAAAAAUUGAAGUGCUCCAAACCCCUCCAAAUUGUGUAAAGCUAAACAAUAUUAGGCAAAAGUAGAAUUGCUUAAGAUGAUCCUGUUUAUAUAGAAAAUUGUACAGACAUUUGUAAUUGUGCAAUAAAGCAUGCAGCAACAUGUAUGUGUGCUUAGAUCCUUAUUUGUACAGAUAAUAUAAUCAAUUGGUGGUGUAUAUGUAACUAAGAUUAAAGAGGCCAAUUAAUACAAUAGAACUAGAUGACUAGGACUGUUAAAUGCCUUUUGUCAUUAAGCUCUGGAAUUUUCAUUUUCCAAUUAUUAAAGAAUGUCGUGCAUUGUCA